AUGGGCAAGGGAGACGAUACUGAGGGGGGGCGUUCGCUGGAGAAGAAACAUCCCCCCCCAAAAAAGGUCGCAGUCAAGAAGAUUGGAGUUCUCGGGGUCAGGAAGGUAAGCACGAAGACAACGCAACAACAGCCUAUUGAAAAAUCGCAAGGAGAUAAUGUCGUCAACCAGAUACUAACCGAGACUAGGAUAGAAGGUCCGGCAAAGAAACUGAGGAAGGCAAGUGAAACGACUAGCAUGGCCAACAAGCGUGGUGCUGCCAACAAGCCUGGUUCUAUUAAUAAGUCUGCCAGUAAGUCUGGUUCUGUCGGUAAGUCUGGUUCUGCCAGUAAGUCUGAUUCUGCCAGUAAGUCUGGUUCUGUCAGUAAGUCUGGUUCUGCCAGUAAGUCUGGUUCUGCCAGUAAGUCUGGUUCUACCAGUAAGUCUGGUUCUACCAGUAGGUGUGGUUCUACCAGUAGGUGUGGUUCUAUCGCUAAUAGGUCUGGUUCCACCAACAAAUCUGGUUCUACCAACAAAAAUGCUAAGAAGGGAGUGAUGAAUCCAAUGAAGGAGACAAAGUUCAAGAUACACGUUCGUAGAAUGAAUCGUGACUGGUUGUUCGGCUUUACUCGACAGAGUGAGGAGUGUCUGGAGAGGGUGGUCGAGUUGCUUAACCGGAUGUCAUGGAAUGCUUCACCUGAUGAUCUCUUGUUAAUGAGUGAUGCACCUGGUCGAGAAGUCUGGGUAGCCCUGGACCGAGAAGGGCACGACUUUCGUCGAGACUCCAUCAUUGGCGCGUGCGAGACAAUGGUGGAGGGAAAGGCAAUGACGGAGUACACGAAUCGCAACCAGCGGAAUGUAAACUGGAUUAUAGAUAAUGCUUAUCCGGGGUCCGGCUUUAGUAAUCUGUCAGGAGUACGCAUUGAACGCUUUGGAGGGCUUGAUGAAGACACGGCUCAAGCUCUAGUGGAGCAGGUCAUAGCCCACUACAACAAACCCGUCGCCACAACCAUCACCGCCGACACCACGAUUCAGGAAGAGGCAAUGCAAUCAGAGGCGAAUGCUGUGAGUGACACCUACGUCAUACCGACGAAGAAACUGCCUCGUUGGUCUGACCCGAUUAGAGAUACUGAAAACCGGCAUGAGAUUUCGUACAUGGGCCUAAUCACCACCAUUGAGGCCUAUAAGCAUAAUUUUACCAGUUUGGGCUUUUAUCCUGUCAGCUUUGCUCACCACCGUGACGAAGGAAGAUUCCAAAUAAUUCUUCUAAGGAGUAUGGGACCAGCCAUUAACGACGACUGGGCAUAUGCUUUCCCUUUCCAUUUCUGCAAAAGACUCGUAUAUUGGCUUGCCGCCCCCUUCAAGGAUUUGGACACUGAAUGUAUUCUACCAAUACUGCGGGUUUCGAAGCCAGAAAUAAUCCUUACCCAGGCAGAUUUAUUCAGAGUUGUUGCGUUGCUUUAUUUCAGCGGUUUCGUAACAGUUCCAGCGGACGAGUUUACCCAUGAACAACUCGAAGCGAUCGAGCACAACUUUGUGCCGUCGGAGAGCGCAUAUGGAUUGUUUUUUGGCGCGUUGGUGUCGGUUAGUUUGGUUGCGACGUUGUGGCCUUAUUUCGGCCGGAAGGUGAAAAGCUACGUGAGGCCGACGGAGGAGUUUGUGACGGCGCGGAAUACGCAGCCCUGGUGGUCGAUAACGUGUUCGUUCUUUUCGACUACUUUGGGUUGUUGGGUCCUAACGGCGCCGGCUGAGAUUGCUUUGGAGUACAGCUUGUGGGGCAUUAUAGGCUACGCAGUGGCGACAUCAUUUCCAUGGGUCUGCGUGGCGGUGUUCGGUCCGAGAAUGCGUCGCAUAACGGCGGGCCGGGGGUUUACAAGUACGGACUUCAUUCGGGUGCGACUGGGUCUUGCAAACCACAUCGUCUACAGCGUGGCAACCUUUGCGACUGUAUUCCUAUCCUACGUGGUUGAGUGCAUAAGUCUAUCACUGACCGUCCAGGCAAUUUCCCCUAACGUGCGGCCUGUGGUGUUGACGGUCAGUGUGGCUAUUGGUGUCUUCUCGUACACGGCCAUAAGUGGUUUGCAGGCGACGCUGUUGACAGAUCGGUUCCAGUUCACGGCGAUCAGCUGUUUGGUGAUAUUGACGAGUAUCGGCGUUUUUGGUUGUGCCGUCCGAGACAUCCCCGAGAACCUCAUUCGGAACCGGAUGGAGUGGACAGGUGACGGUUUUUUGAGUCUACUGGUCCUCACGAUUUCUUGCUGGUAUCCUACCUUCUUGGACCCGGCCACAUGGUCUCGCAUGUAUGCGGCUAAGAGUGAACGCGAAGCCAAGUUCGGGCUCCUGAUUGCCGCACUCGCCUUGAUGGUGCCUAUGCUGCUGUUCGGGUUCAUGGGCUUGGUGGCCGGCGCUGCCGCCGAUGCGGGACUGAUUGACGACGCAGACCCCUCGGUCUUCUCCGCACUCACGCUACUCCAUCCCGCCUGGAACGGCGUAGUCCUCGUCCUGGCGACAUUUCUGUCCACCUCCACCGUCGACACGAUGAGUUCAUCCUUCACCACCUUUGUCAUCGCGCAGUGCGCCGCGUUCAAGCUCACCAUCAACGUCAACUAUGCGCGCCUCUGCACCCUCGUCAUGACUCUCAUUGGUCUCGCUCUCGUGAUCAAAAACCCACCCCAGGUCAUGACACUCUUCAUGGCCAUGAACCUUAUUUGCACCUGCACCGCCGCCGGUCUGCUUCUAUCGCUUUGGGACUUCGUCACACCUAGCGGUGUCACCGCAGGCGUCGCCAGCGGCGUUCUCGCUGUCUGCACUUGCGGCUGGCGCUACUACCACACCUGGACAGGUGGCUGGGACUGGUGGCUCCUACCCGAAGGCAGCGCCAACCAGUGGGCACUCUACACCUUCCUCGCCGCCGGCUCCGCAUCCUCCCUCGUCACACUCCUUUGGUCCCAACUCGAAUCGGCCCUAGACGCCACCACCAAACCCCGACAACAACACAGGCUAGCACUCCUCGGCCAAGAAUACCCUUGCGACCCGAAGGAUCUAAUGCGCCAGCAAGACCCAACGGGCCAAGAAGAUCUAACGCGCCAGCAAGACCCAACGGGCGAAGAAGAUCUAACGCGCCAGCAAGACAAUGGCAGCACGCAAAAUGGUCAACAACGAAACACCAAUCUGACGGAUUCAACCAUAGCGGUGUGA